GCGGGGAGCGGGCGGCAGCGAAGGAGGGGGAGGUGGUAGCCGCUGCAGCAUCCAGUGCUGGCCGAGGCGGCCGGCACUCCCGGUGCACAAAGGCGCCCAACCCCUGGGGAGGGCGAUGAGCGCACUGUAGCCCAGGCCCGGGCCCCAGCUCCAGCCACCACUGCCUGCGCUAAUGGCGCGGGGGAAGACGCAGGGCGUGCCAGGGGUCGGCGGCCGAGGCGCGGCCCGUGAGCCCGGAGCUCUGGACUAGCUGCCCUCGGUGUCCAGAGCGGAGCCUCGAAGCGGGUACAGCAAGAGCCUCUGCAAGUCCCAGGGAUCCGAGCAGGAGGGCGCCUCCCCACUCCUACCCGACCUCUCGCACCUUCCCCCUGCUCCCGAGCGCCAACUUCCCCAAGAACGCUCCAACUCCAGGCCACCCUUCGGGGGCAGAGGGGGCGCUGCUGCUGGGCACGAGCAGUGAGGACGAACCCCCUGGCCCCAGGCAGCGAGCCUGCAUCUUCAGGGUAGAUCGGGCGCCCCUGAGUGGGCGGAGGCGGCAGACGCCUCUCCCGAGAGUCCAGGACCUGCCAGUGCCGGCGAUUCCUCCUGGGCAGGCGCUCGCCCUUUCUUUUAUGGAAGUGCCGGCUAAUAGAGAUCUGCCAGUUUUACCCCAGCUCUGCAGCCACAGGUGCUUCUGUAGGUGCUUUCUCACAUCCCAUUUGGUCUUCACAGCGUUUGGCAGCCUCCCCGUGAGCUUGGGUUCCUGCCCCAGCCCCGUAGAGGCUGUGGAGGCACGCCGUCCGGAAGCCUGGUUCCCAGGCCCCUGGCCCAUUCCCAACUGCAGGGGGUGGCGCUUCCCACGAGGUAGCGGUGGCCCGCAGCAGCGGCCCCCUCCUGGCAGUGAGCCAUGGGCCAGAAGCUCUCAGGGAGCCUCAAGUCGGUGGAGGUUCGAGAGCCCGCGCUAAGGCCGACGAAGCGGGAGCUACGGGGCACAGAGCCGGGGCGGCCGGCGCGGCUGGACCAGCUGCUGGACAUGCCUGCGGCGGGGCUGGCUGUGCAGCUGCGGCACGCGUGGAACCCCGAGGACCGUUCGCUCAAUGUCUUCGUCAAGGAUGAUGACCGGCUCACCUUCCACCGGCACCCGGUGGCCCAGAGCACUGACGGCAUCCGCGGCAAAGUGGGCCACGCCCGCGGCCUGCACGCCUGGCAGAUCCACUGGCCUGCUCGGCAGCGGGGCACCCACGCAGUCGUGGGUGUGGCCACGGCUCGGGCACCCCUGCACUCCGUAGGCUACACGGCACUGGUGGGCAGUGACGCCGAGUCGUGGGGCUGGGACCUGGGCCGCAGUCGCCUCUACCAUGAUGGCAAGAACCGGCCCGGAGUGGCCUACCCAGCCUUCCUGGGGCCCGAUGAGGCCUUCGCACUGCCGGACUCCCUGCUUGUGGUGCUGGACAUGGACGAGGGCACUCUGAGCUUCGUUGUAGAUGGCCAGUAUCUAGGCGUGGCCUUUCGUGGUCUCAAGGGCAAGAAGCUGUACCCGGUGGUGAGUGCUGUGUGGGGCCACUGUGAAGUCACCAUGCGCUACAUCAACGGCCUUGACCCUGAGCCCUUGCCGCUGAUGGACCUGUGCCGGAGAUCCAUCCGCUUGGCCCUGGGCCGCCAGCGCCUGCAGGACAUCGGCUCCCUGCCUCUGCCUCAGUCUCUCAAAAACUAUCUGCAGUACCAGUGACUUGAGUUGGGGGGCGCUGAUGGGCAGCAGUGGGCAGUCCAACGGCCCGGCCAGUCAUUUCGAGGUCACAGAGAACUUUCAGGAAGGCAUCUUCCUCCUCAACCCGGUUCCCCAGAACUUUCAGUUCUUUGAAAGGCCAGGACAUGUUCCCAACUUAAAAAACGAAUGUCUGUUGCCAACAGUAUUUGCUGCAUUAGAAGCAGCUCUCCCAAGUCUCCACAUCUCCUUGGAAGCCACGAAGAACCCCAGAGCCUCUGCCUGCGAACCAAGACUCAGCAGCCACGGGUAUUGAUCAGAGAUCCUGUUUCCAUAUUCAAGAGAAUGAAUAAAACAUUGGGGCAGGAGACUUUCUGUUGUGCCUGCUGCAGACAGGGUGGGGGCGGGGGGACUGCUUCUAAAUAAUGAAUGGUGAAAACGGCUUGCCGCAUCCCCUCCGGGACCCCACCCCUUGUUGGGGCAGCCUGAUUGGCGCGAUACUUCAGCACUGUGCCCUUUGACCUGGCAAGUGGACACAGCAGUGUUUAGAUGCCAUCCAGCUUACCUCUUCGAAAGUCGUUUACUUACCCUUGUCACACGUCCUCCUUCCCCACCCUGACCCACUGUUAGCCCCAGGCACCUCUAUUCAGGGAAGCUGAGUCUCACUAAUUCAUCCCAGGGACAGAGUGUUUCUUUUAUUAUUAUUUUAAAUAGCAGUUGCAUUUUAAAAGAGGAGUGUGGUGAGCGAGGGCGGUACUUAGUCCAAAGGUGCUAAUGGGGGAUUGGGGGCCUUGGGACACCCUAGUGGCUGGUGCCUAAGGAGCCCUCCUGGGUGCGGAGGGUCUCUAGGCAACCAGCCAUACAGGGUGCAGCCUGGUGGCCACAAAGCUUUAUUCGAGCGAGUUAUUUUUUCACUUUAGGAGACUUGUACUAGUUUGUUUCUGUUUGACGUGUGUGUGAUGUGCUGUUUAUUUAUCAGCUUGGGGCCCUGGGGGGGGCAGUUUGUCACCAGAGGGUGGUCGUGGGAGGCACCUUCUCCUCUGCUCCGAGCCUGGUCCUUUCCCGGGAAUGCUGCCGCGGCCACCACCACCGGGCAUCCAUCCCCGUGUGUUUCCAACGCUCUGCCCAGACUCAUUUUUAACUGGAAAUUGUCACAGCAGUGGCAUCCCAGAGCCCCAGACGGCACUGCCUCCCCUACUUUAAUGUGAACUUGACUGAUGAA